AGGUCGAAUCGAGCCCUCGGCACAAACAAACAAGCACAUACCCUCCUCCGACCACUCAUACCGAUGAGCGGCCUCUCGACAUAAAUACUGUCAACCGUUGUCGGCGUCCAGCGGACGACGCCUCCUCCAUCACGACGCGAUGAGAUUCUCCUCGAGGGCUACCGAGGAGCGGCCACGAUCCAGCAGCCAGACCACCGUCUCUGUGAACUUCGAUGAAUCCGCCGACCUGGCUUCGCAUCCUCAGCUGAACUUCGAGGUGGCUGAGUGCAUAGAGACCAAGACUGUCACAACGACCACGACCACAAAGAGAUGCUACCCACCCCUCCUCGUCAAGGAGCAGCGGUCUCUAUCAGCGUUGAACCCGCGAGACUUCCCACUCGCCCUGAAGCCCACGCCUCCCGAGCUGGCGAAAUUCACCUUUGGCAUCGAGUCCUCGUCAGGUACACUCGGCUGGCCGAAUGGUUCGGGGAACGAUGAUCACGAUGAUACAUAUAACAGUGCCAGUGAGGACUCCAGCCAAGAGCUGGUCAGGCAUGACGCCACCGUCCACGUGGAUACGACCCCAGACCGAACUCACUCACGGGCAUCGCGGCAAUCAAACAGAGACGUGCAUUCCAGUGGCCAAACCUUUGCCACGACAUCGGCCAAAGCAAGACUCGAGCACGCUCGUUCGCCGUCCAAGAGCACGGCUCGUCCCACAGCCGUAUCAGAACGAUUCCGCCGAGCCUUGGUCCAUGGCUCGCGUAGAGAUACAGAAGAUGCCGACGACGACAGAGCGGUCACCGACCUGCCUGCUACACCCAGCACAUCCGACUACCCCCGCAGCAAUCAACCCCUUCGGUCUCUGCGGACUCGACGAUCUCACCUGGACGUUGCCGAGGCAUCCGGUCACGAUAGCCAGCGGCAGAAUCAGCCACAUUUCUAUGAGGCUACGAGUCCUACCGGCAGUGACUCUCAUACCGUCUUCAGCAGCAAUGUUGCAACACCACCAAUCACGGACACCGACGCCGAGCCCUUUGCUGACGUAGACGCCGACGAAUCCCUUCAACAGUCCAUUCGGGCCCUCCACCCACCGCGAGCCAUCAACACGGUCGCGGCCCAAGAUGCGAGCCUUCCGAGCCCUCGCUUAUCCCCAACACUGCAGGCUGCUCAAUUGCAUGAUGAUGAUGAAGACGAAGUCAUGGCAGAUGGAGCGGAUGGCUCCGUGCUCCAUGAUGAACGCCACACCCCGGUUGAUGAGGGCAGACAAGGCUCGUCGACAGCGAUCACGCGGCCCAGCAACCGUAGUCGGCACUCAGAGUCCUCCGAAUACUAUCUGCAAAGCAGCCUGCUCGACAGCCAGUCUAUGCUGCAUACAUUCGACGCGAUGCCCACGGAGAUGAAGUCUUUCAUGAUGUACCAGUUCUUACGACGGUGCUCGAGAAAGACCUUGCAUGCGGUGGCAACAGUAGUCAACCCGGCCCUGAACCGCGAUGUUUUGAAAGACCUCCCGAUUGAGCUCACGCUUCACAUUCUCACGUACCUCGACCAUCGCGAUCUCUGCCGAGCUGCUCAGGUAUCCAAGCACUGGCGUAGCAUAAUCGACAGCAAUGAGACCGGCUGGAAAGAGCUCUUUGAUCGUGAUGGCUUCACCAUCUCGCAAGCCGAGCUCGACAGAGCUAUCCACGAAGGCUGGGGCUGGCAAGACCCCCAUGGGCCCGAGGGUUGUGAGAGGGAUUUCAGCCUGCAGAGCCGUCUGCACUCUUCAGAGCCUGACCUGCUCCGCAUGCUACCCGGGCCGUCACCUUCAUCGUCGUCCAGAUCUGACUAUCCUCACUCGAGAUUGCGAUCGAAGCGAAAGAGAGCUCUUCACCCAGCGACCUUCGAACGUAGCAAGCGACAGGCUAUCGUCCAUGACUCUGCUGUCUCAAGCUUGAUCAAGGAGAAGACCUGCGAAGGUCCAAUCUCAGCGGCCAAUGCUGCUGCCAUGGCCGUGCCCGACCCUCAACUGGGCAUUCCCAGUCUCAGACGAAUGCACCUCUACAAGUCCCUUUACCGCCGACAUUUUAUGAUUCGGAAAAGCUGGACGAGCGGCAAGGUCAAGCCGGGCCACGUCGCCUUCACUGCCCACCCGCGCCAUGUCAUUACUUGCCUGCAAUUCGACGAGGACAAGAUUAUUACUGGCAGCGACGACAUGUUUAUCCACGUUUACGACACCAAGACUGGCAAGCUUCGCAAGCGUUUGGAGGGGCAUGAGGGCGGUGUCUGGGCCUUGCAGUAUGAGGGCAACACGCUUGUAUCCGGAUCGACCGAUCGGUCUGUCCGCGUCUGGGACAUUGAGAAGGGCAUGUGCACGCAGAUCUUCUAUGGCCACACUAGCACUGUCAGAUGCCUGCAAAUCCUCAUGCCAACUGACACCGGCAAGGUUGAGAAUGGAGUUCCAGUCAUGAUGCCUCCCAAGCCACUCAUCAUCACAGGAUCUCGAGACAGCCAGCUGCGUGUCUGGCGCCUGCCAGAGGCGACUUCGCGGCGAUAUAUCCAGACAGGGCCCCCGGCGAACGACGCCGACUGCCCAUAUUUCAUUCGUACCCUUCAGGGUCAUACACACAGCGUCCGGGCUAUCGCAGCGCACGCCGACACCCUGGUCAGCGGCAGCUACGACAACACGGUUCGAGUUUGGCGGAUCAGCACAGGGGAGACCGUGCAUGUUUUGCAGGGGCACACUCAGAAGGUGUACAGCGUGGUUCUCGAUCUUGCGCGCAACCGCUGCAUUUCUGGUAGUAUGGACAGCUUCGUCAAGAUCUGGGAUCUGGAAACCGGCUCCUGUACCCACACUUUGGAAGGUCAUUCGCUUCUAGUGGGCUUGCUGGACCUGCGGGACGAGCGGCUCGUGUCUGCCGCUGCCGACAGCACCCUCCGCAUCUGGGAUCCCGAGUCGGGGCGAUGCCAGUCAACGCUGACGGCGCACACGGGCGCCAUCACUUGUUUUCAGCACGAUGGACGCAAGGUGAUCUCCGGUAGCGACAGAACGCUAAAGAUGUGGGACGUCCGGACCGGAGAGUGCAUCCAAGAUCUUCUUACAGACCUCGGAGGUGUCUGGCAAGUCCGCUUUGAUGAGCGGCGGUGCGUUGCUGCUGUGCAGCGGGAUGGCAUCACAUUCAUUGAGAUACUUGAUUUCGGCGCUGUGCGAGACGGCAAGAGCCCCGAAGAAUUGGGCAAGCGAAUCCUGCUCAACCCACAGGAAGUCCAGCGAAUCAUCGAAGAAGACAAUGCUACAAACAACAACAACUGAACCACCAAGGCUGCACCAGUGCGCCAAGUCGCCGACAUAUAUA